AUGGAAGCUUCGCGGGCGUGCGCGCUGCUGGCCACAGUCCUGGUGGCGGCGGUCCUGGCGUGCUUGUGCGCGGAAGGGGCCGAGGGCGAGGUGGUGUUUCUGCCCCUCGACGAGCGGUUCACCACGCGCGACGCAUUCGUGAACAUGGCCCUCUCACACACGCCGUACACGCUCCGCUCCCCGCCCCUGGCCAUCCUGCCGCACAUCCGCGAGGCCGCGGACAUUCCCGCCCUCCAGAAAUGGGUCGACCACGCCCUCCUCUCUCCCCACCGGCGGCAUCCCGCGGGAGAGGCGGACGAGCGUGAGAUGAUCCUGUCCAGCGAAAUGUACCUCUACGGGGGACUCAUCGGCUCGCGGAUCUCCAACUGGACGCAGGCGGAGGUCGAAGGUCGGCUGGCCAAGUUGGUGGCCUACAAGCAGCAGCUCGGCGACGGUGUGAAGAUCUACGCCUCGGCCGUUAUCAUGCGCAUCCCGGCCUAUAACUCCGGAUUUGAGGACCAGUGGUAUUGGGCGUAUUACGGGCGGGACCUUUUCCAGUUUUCGUACUUUAUGGACAAGUACGACACGCUCCGCCAGCCGGCGGACCUCGCCACCGCCCAGUCCUACCGGAGUAAAGUCCCGCCGGCGGUCGUGGAGGACUGGCUGUGGAGACGCAGCAGGAACUUCAACGUCACCAAGGCCAUCAUCGAGCAGCAGUUCCUCUGGAAGAAGCAACACAACCAGCGGCUCUUCGAGAAACUCUAUGUCACGCAGGACGAUAAUGCAGAGUACGGGUUCAACAUCGCCGAAGCCGAGAAGCUCAAGGCCCUGGUGCGGCAGUACGGCCUCGAGGAGGACAUCUACAUCUACCCCGGUGCUGACGAAGUGGGCUUGACAAUGCUGGCGCAGAGCAGUGUUCGCAAGGAGGGCAAGAGCCCCCGGAUCAAGUUGGUCUUCCGUGACCCGGCCACCAUCAACUUGAUCCCCAACUACGAGGGCCAGCCCAUGAUCCAGACUCUCGAGGACCAGAUCAAGGCGGCGGGAGGCAGCCUGACCAAUGACACGGAGGCGGCGUCCGUGAUCCUGCUCGUGAACAACUUCUCCCACCAGCCCCAGACCGAGGCGCCUCAUCAGCCGCUCAACAGGUCGAUUGCCGAGUACGCGGUGUUCGAUGCCUACCUCGCGGCGGCGAUGAGGAAUCCCCGGGUGGUGGUGGGGUUCGCCGACAACCGCUACUCCAACGGGGCCGACGUCGUGCUCAUCCGGUACAUGGAGAGCCAGCACUCAUCCGCCUCCCACAUCCCCAUGUCCAAGUUUGCCUACGCCGGAUGGAACACGGACGGCAAUACGCUGGGCACGGUCAUCUCCUCGUCCCUCCUCAUGGCCCUCUUCCCGGCCAAGCGCGAGGAGAGCACGUGGUUCAAUGCGCAGCGCAUCCUGGAGGACUGCAGCUACCAGGCCCAGUGGCGGCAGGGCCUCGUCGCCUACACGGCGCUGGCUGGCGACGACCCCAACCUCCUCUCCCGGGACCUCCCCUUCUACGAGCAGCUCUCCUACAAGGUGCUGGCGGAGGACUUCAGGGUGAUCACGCGCGUGUACGGCCUGCCGUGGACCCUCGACGCCAUCUACUACCCGUGGCGGCGCGCCUUCGAGAUCGGCUUCCGGUCCUCCUAA